UGUGGCCCAUGGCGGCUGCUAAAUUUGGGUGAGAGCUAGAACGACUUGGCAUGCAAGAAAAUAAGUCACCCAUUCAUUUCUACAUUGUUUCUGGUCAUUUGCCCAGAAAUUGGUAAUAAACUUCUCUGCACAUUAUAUUAAGCCCAUUUCAUCUUCUACUUCUUUUUUUAAACUGGACACAAGCAAGAAACAAGUUUAAGAAUCACGAUUCGGUUUGGAGGUUUCAAGAAGCGGGUUUACAGAUGAGUUCGAUAGCAAUAGGUUUGCUUGCCCUUGGAGAUCACAAGAAGCUACUAGAGAUGAUACCGGAUCAUGUGAAGAAGACAUGGAACGAGUGGGCUCUUGAGGGGUUGGUUUUGAUCAGCAUUGCUUCACAAAUUGUCUUAUUUCUACUAGGCAACCUUAGAAAGCACAAUCCGCGAACAAGAAUACGAAUUUCCCUCUGGUGUGCCUACUUACUGGCAUAUGCAGUUGCAUCAGGAGCUCUUAGCAUCAUCACUCGAAGCGCCUUAGACGUUUGCAACACAUCUCGCCCAAUAUCAAAAUACGAAAAGCUAAACACAAAUGAGCUCAUGUCUUUUUGGGCACCCUUUCUACUUCUUCACCUUGGUGGUCCAGACACCAUUACCGCCUACUCGUUAGAAGAUAAUGAACUUUGGUUAAGACACCUGGCAGAAGUCGGUUUUCAAUCAGGAGUCGCAAUCUCUAUACUCUUGUUGUCGUGGCCGGGCUGUUCUGAUCUCCCAUUGCUAAGCAUAUUGGUUUACAUAGCCGGUUUCAUCAAGUGUUUUGAGCGUAUUCGUGCUCUACGCCUAGCAAACACCGAGAAUCUUCGAGAUUCAAUGCUUGGUUCUCCUGACCCUGGUCCCAAUUAUCCCAAAUUUGUGGAGGACUACCGCUUGAAAAAACCACAGGGGUUUAAUUUGAGCGUUGAGGAAGUCCCCGAAUCCCAGUAUCCGGAAAACGAUACGUAUCCUGAAGUUCGGGGUGGUGUAAUAUCAGAAGCUUAUGCUCUUUUCCAAACAUUCAAACGGAUUUUCGUUGAUCUCAUACUCACAUUUGAAGAUAAAGCUAAAAGCCAGUCCUACUUUCGCCAGCUUAAAUUUAGAGACGCUUUCUUAGCAAUCGAGAUUGAGCUCGGAUUUGCAUAUGAUAUGCUUUACACCAAGGCUAAUGUCGUGUACACCUUUGUCGGGCUAGUAGUUCGUGUUACUAGUGUUUUCAUCCUUCUUAUGGUACUUGUUGGCUUUUGUUUUCUCUGUGAUGCGGAUGAAUACAGAGUCGUCGACAUUGCCAUUACUUAUCUAUUAUUUGGAACAGCAGUAACAAUGGAAAUCUUUGCUGUUAUUACCAUGCUACGUUCGGACUGGACAGAUGUUUGGCUGAGCCAGCAUAAAUACUCGCGCAGCGUCCUUAAACUUCAAUUUUUAAAGCAACCAAGAAAACGGCGAUGGUGUGGUUCCAUCGCGCAGUUAGAACUACUAAGUGUCGCGCUAGAAGAAAAGCCUGCUAGGCUUUUAACAAUUCAGAAGUACCUUGAGAUAGAUAAGUAUCGUGUAAAGCAUCGUUACAAGACGUAUAGUCAAGUUUCUAACAGCUUGAAAGAUCUAAUUUACAACCAAUUUCAAGAGUUCAUGAGUGAUGGUAGCUCGGAUCCAAAAGCAUUAUGUAGUCACAAAGGUAGUUUUUCGCUCCGUAAGAAUGAAUGUGACGAUCUGCUAUGGAGUAUUACUGAAGUGGAAUUUGAUCAAAUCAUUAUCUUAUGGCACAUUGCUACCACUCUAUGCUAUUACUCAGAAGAGCUUGACAAUCAGGGGGACAUUAAUGUGUGUCGUGAGGAAAGCAAGCAUAUAUCGGAUUACAUGUUGUAUCUUCUUGUGUCAUAUCCUGUUAUGUUGCCGAUAGGUAUUGGCAUGAUCAGGUACCGCGACACUUGUGCUGAAGCCACGCGCUACUUUAAAGAAAGCAGUCCUAUUACUGAUAAAGUUGUAGCAUGUAAAAAGUUGCUUGAAGUUUAUUGUCCUGAGGUUUUGCCUAGUAAGGUGAAGGGGGACCGGAGCAAAUCUGCACUUUUCGAUGGUUGCAGGCUUGCGUCAACUUUGAAAGAAAUGGGAAAAACUAAAGACAUGUGGAAAGUCAUGAGUCAAGUAUGGAUAGAGAUUCUAGCGUAUGCUGCUACUCACUGCAGAGGGUUACAACAUGAACAACAACUUCGGAAAGGGGGCGAGUUUCUGACUCAUGUUUGGCUUCUGAUGGCGCAUUUGGGUAUCACCGAGCAGUUCCAAGUAUCACAAGGCCAUGCUAGAGCUAAAUUAGUUAGAUCAUAAACAGCUAAACACCACAUUCUUUAUUAUUUAUGUUAAUUUUGAAGAAAAUAAAGCAUUUUCUUACUGUUAAGUGUUAGGUUUGUUAUAUCAGUAUAUAUUCAAAGCAUGUCUUUUAACAGGAUUUUUUUCUCAUAACAUGUAAAAAUAGCAAAUAUAUUAAACAUCCUCUAAGAAACAUAUAAUUUAAUAAAUCAAUCAAAGAAUUACUAUGAAUUUAAAAC